GGGGAGUAGAUCAAAGUGAGGCUUGCGUCGAUUCCUAGGCUGCUGCUGCUGUUGCUGCUGCAGGUAUCCAUUGUUGUUACUCCUCUCCUCCUUCUCCUCCUCCUCCUGCAACUGGAUUCUGCUGCUAGGUUCUGGUCUUGGGAAUCUAAUGGUCCUCGCCAUGAAGGCAAAGCCUGGAAUUGCCAACUCACGCUUACGCCACCACCUGAUCCAACUCCCUCGCAGCAGCGACAACAGAUGGGUGUGACGUUCACCCAGUCUCGGCGCCUGCAGCAUUCUGUUGGAGCCAGUGCUGGAGCUGCUGAUGUUGUCAAACAGAAUUUUGCUUGGGUUCUCGUCUUCCUCGUCCAGGCUUUAGCCCACCGCUACUGGCACCAGCUAUGAAUCGUCUCCUGUGUGCCAGCUUGCGGUAUUCGCGCCGGGCCGAACGAGAGUCUUUCUGCUCUUCUGCAGAGCUGCCAGAGUCGUCGCUGGCAGGAUUGCUGCAGUUCGCCAUUGAGUUGGUGGGGAGCGGUGACAUUUGUGUGCGAGAUCGACAUACGUCUCCUCCGCUUGAAAGGGUCUUGUCGAUGCGUGGGAGGGUAAUGCGUCGCAGUGAUUAGUUUCUCGUACACAGUUGAAGAUUUGACAGAUUAGCUGGACGUUUCGUUUCGUGAGUACGAGGACGCGCUCCUGACAUUGUACUUGCAGUUUAUAGCUUUCUCGAGUGUUCUAUUGGAGUGGAGGUAGGUUGGUCGGUUGGUUGAUUUUUGCGCGGUUUGAAUAAUCGGGUGAUGCUAUUAGAGUAGGUAAUCCCAAGGGGCCGUGAAAGUAGGUCACGUAUUCGCUUGUUCCCUGUCACAGUUUUGACUCUUUCACCGAUUGGCCAUUGCAUCUGCAUUUCUUCCCAGAGCCAAUUAAAGCUGGUCGAGACAUACCGUAUAUAAGAAAUUUCUCGGAGCGGUCAUUGCCUUCACAGAAACAAUAGCGGCAAUCACAUUGCACAUACAUCAGUCGCCAGAACUUUCUCGAUAUACGUAUACAGUUCAUGUAUAGCAACUACAUCGAGAACCAGCCUGCAGCCACUCAGCUUUGUUUACGCUAACCAACGCUGAUGAACUGCCUUCAAGAGAAUGACCAUUGUAGUUGAAUCGUAGAAGAAGCGAUGGAAAGGGGAAGCUUGACGAGCCAAUGAUCGACCACCCAUUCUUCUUCAUCCGAGACUUCUAGAGAGGCAAUCCAGUGAGAUUUGCAUAAGGGGUAUGUACAGUAUUGGGUGUGCAAGUGAUUGACUCACAGGAUUGAUUCAGAGAGCUGCAGAAUAGAAUGGGUGACAAGUAUGCCGUCCGAGUAGCGCCUUCAAAGAUAACUCUAGGAGCUGCGAAGUUCAAGUUUUUGGUACCGUUCUACCUACUGUUGUUGUUCGUCGUGUGGAAUUCAUCGUCCAAGGCACCCUUCGACGGCGUAAACAUUGGGCCGGUUCACGACAUCACAAAGUCGAAGAAUGAAGCUAUGGGUGCACACACUAUCCUUCAGCUGAAGGAGAGAAUAAAUGCUCAGGAUGGCGAAGUCGACAAGGACACAGCCCAAUCAGGACAUGAUACAGACUUAAUUGCAGAGCAGUAUGACAAUUUAAUGACCGCGACUCCCACACUUGAAAGAAAUGAAGACCUCUAUGGCGCGCAGUCCGGCAUAGACAGAGGGGAAGCUGGAGAGGUGACUCCUGUAAUGGAGCGUCCGAAGGACGACGAAAAUGAGGAAGAACAGGUCUUUGCUCGUUCUGGUUAUGUCGGAAACGAGGAACUUGUAGAAAGCACACGGGACGGAGCUGAUGGUUAUGAUCAAACCACAGCAGAGUCUGAUGAAUCAGAUCGACAAGGGAACUCAUCCCCAGCUCUGGAUAGCACCGAGGGUGAUGACCAGAACGCUACAGUCCAAGAAGUGAAAGCUUCAAUCAUCACAGGAGAUCGCAUGACGGAAGUCAACAUAGCUGCGAUGGAUAUUUUUAACGAGAUAAGGGCAAAUUCGUUGCCAUACUCGAUCAAAAAAACUGGCGAAACUGCGCAAUCGUGUGAAGGAAAAUAUGUUUUCGUCUAUGAUCUUCCCUCAGAGUUCAAUACCGAGCUAAUCAACAGGUGCGACUCCUUGUUCCCAUGGUUCAAUCUCUGUGACUAUUUCUCCGAUUCGGGAAUAGGAAAACCUGUAAACUCAAUGGACAACGGCACACAAAUCUUCGUACCUGCCGAUCGGUGGUUCAGCACACACCAAUAUGCUUUGGAGCUCAUCUCGCAUGCUCGAAUUAUGAAAUACAAGUGCCGUACCGAGGAUCCUGACCUCGCAUCUUUGUUUUAUAUCCCUUAUUAUGGAGGUCUGGAUGUGAUUCGGUGGCAUUUCGACCCAAACGCUACAAAUGAGAACCGCGAUGCGUUGGGGUGGAAGCUCGUACGCUGGCUAGAGAAUAAACCUUCCUGGACACGACGAGGAGGGAUCGAUCAUGUGCUUGUGUUGGGGAAAAUCUCGUGGGAUUUCCGACGUCAGGAUUCUGGGAGCUGGGGAAGCAGAUUACUCGAGUUUCCUGACCUCCAGAAGGUGAUGAGGGUGCUGAUUGAGCGCAAUCCCUGGGCCAAGGACGAUAUCGGAGCACCGCACCCGACGUACUUCCACCCAAGCUCGGCCUCCGACAUCGAUGCAUGGCUUCACCACGUGAAACGCCAGGAACGGACCAGCCUCGUUACCUUCGUCGGGAAAGAGCGCCGCGACGACCCAGCAAACGUCCGAAGCGCGCUUGUUGAGCAAUGCCGGGAAGCAUUUUCGGAGGCUGACUGCAGGUUCGUCGAAUGCAACAAGAAUCUCUGCCAGCAACCGGCAUACGUCAUCAAGGCGUUCCUGAUGACCCAUUUUUGCAUGCAACCAGUCGGAGACUCCCCAACUCGGCGCUCCUUAUUCGACUCGCUGAUCGCAGGCUGCAUCCCGGUCCUAUUCCAUCCUCAAACCGCUUACCUACAAUACCCCUGGCACUUGCCCCAGAACGAAUCAUCCUGGUCAGUGUACAUCUCCGAGGACGAAGUCAGAGCCGGGCGGAUCAACGUCAUCGACGUCUUGAAGAAGAUCUCCACCGCUGAGAGGUCUGCAAUGAGGGAGACGAUUAUCAACAGUAUCAUUCCAGGUUUGAUUUACAGCAUCCCUGGCAGCGACGUUUCUCCUUACAGAGACGCCUUCGACAUCACGAUUGACCAGCUCUUGUACCGCUCCGCGCAAGGGUCCGAUCUGCAGUAAAUCGGCUUUGAAUUGAGCCCCAGUUUUUUGCGUUUCUAUCGUCGCCGCCGGCAAUCCGUCCACCACACGAUCUAGAAAGUAUUGGCACGUUUCACCGAGAGUGCGCAGGAUUCACGCAUGAUUCCAGAAGACGGAGCAGCGCUGCGGAUUCUAAGCCCCAGUUCGUCAUGGCCCGCGCACGUUGCACACGAAGUCCGCUGCGUCGGCACCGAUCGAAGCUUCGACACGGUGAUCGAGAAUCCGAUAAACCACAUUCGUGCUUCAUCGAUUGAUUGUCUCGGAUGUCGAAAGAUCCCCAUUUUAGGUCAAACUCCGUUUCAGGGUUUGCAGCCUCUGACUGUGCGUCAAGGUGGCGAUAUUUGAGUUUGUGGACUGAUUCUAUUUGUGGAUUUUGGGGUUGGGAGCUUUUCUUCUCACCAAAUGGGUGUUGUUUUGCAAAUCUUUGCAUACAAAUCAUAGAAAAAGAAAAAAAGAGAUGGUGAACUAGUUUAUUUAUUC